UUAAAUUUUCCUAGGAUCCCCCUUUCCCGCAUUGGACGAGACCAGAUCAGGAAAAGGCAUGGACUGAGAGGAAGAUGUGAGCUCAUAAGAAAAAGAGAUCUACGCAACCUCUGUGCCACAUCUUGGUAAGGAUGAGGCACUUGGUACAGAAAAUUCCGUUAGCAAGUCCGUUUGUGUUACGGAAGGCACGAAGAUGGUCCUCGAGUUCCUCUGCAAAGCACCUUUGGCAGGAGGACACAGCGCAAGAUGCCAGUGGAACACCGAAACAGCCACGCAUGAAUCCCCUUGGUAUACAGAUGCUUUCCAAGGGUCUUCAUGAGCAGAUUUUCCGGGGGGCUCAGGUACAGUAUUCGGAGGAAGACGUCCAGAAGAGUGUGGAACACCUCCAGAAGCACGACUUGUGGGGCAAAGAGACGUCCACCCUUCCUGAUGUCGAGCUGCAACUGCCCCGGAUGUACGGGUCCAACAUCGACGAGCACUUCCGCAUUUUGGCCCAGAAGCAGAGCCUCCCGUACCUUGAGGCUGCAAAGGAGCUCCUUCAGUGCGAGAUGCCAGCAAUGCCCCUGGAAUGGGCGUUUGAAGCGGGAUGGACACAGUACGGACCGAAUGGGGAGAGGAAAGCGGUGGAUUUCCCGGACGAGCGAGCUUUGGUGUUUGAUGUGGAAGUCUGCAUGGAGGAAGGACGUUGCCCCACGCUGGCGGUGGCUGUUUCCCCAAAUGCCUGGUAUUCAUGGUGCAGCAAGCGGCUCUUAGAGCAACGGUACACCUGGUCCAGCCAGCUGAAUUUGUCCGACCUCAUACCCCUGGAAAGGGGCAGUGGCUUCACCAAGCAAGAUGGGCAGGAGAGGCUGGUGGUGGGCCACAACGUCUCUUUUGACCGCGCACACAUCAAGGAGCAGUACAUGAUCCAGGGCUCUCGGAUGCGUUUCCUGGACACAAUGAGUAUGCACAUGGCUAUCUCGGGACUGACGGGGUUCCAGCGCAGCCUUUGGAUGGCGGCAAGGCAAGGCAAGAGGAGAGGGCAGCAACAGGUCCAGGAGCACAUCAAGAAAACACGCAGUAAAACGGGUGGCUCCACCAUUUCCUCCUGGGACUGGGUGAACAUUAGCAGCAUCAAUAACCUAGCAGAUGUGCAUGCCUUAUAUGUGGGAGGCCGGCCGCUAGAGAAAGAAGCCCGGGAACUCUUUGUCAAGGGCAGCAUGGCGGACAUCAGGAAUAACUUCCAGGAUCUGAUGAGAUACUGUGCUCAUGAUGUCUUAGCAACUCAUGAAGUAUGCCAGGAGCAGCUUCCACUUUUCCUGGAGAGAUGCCCCCAUCCUGUGACAUUUGCAGGAAUGCUGGAAAUGGGAGUCUCCUAUCUUCCUGUCAAUCAGAACUGGGAGAGGUACCUGGAAGAAGCUCAGCUCACCUUUGAGGAGCUGCAAAAGGAGAUGAAGAAAUCCCUGAUGAACCUGGCUGACAGUGCCUGCCAGCUGCUUCACGGAGAGAGGUACAAAGAUGACCCCUGGCUAUGGGACCUAGAGUGGGACCUUCAAGAAUUUAAGCAGAAGAAGAAGAAAAAUGGGAGGAAAAAGGAUCGAGACAGUAAAGUGGUGGGAAAAGAAUCCAUGACAGAGUGCGAGGAAGAUCCUGGCCCUCCAACGGAAGAGGAAGAACAGGGCAUCCAUGAGAGUCGGCUGUCCCUGAAUCGCCUAAAGGAAACGGUGGCUUUGCAGCUGAAGAGGAUUCAGCAUCUGCCAGGCCAUCCAGGGUGGUACCGCAAAUUGUGCCCGCGGUUGGAUGACCCCAGUUGGGUGCCCGGCCCCAGCCUGAUCAGCCUCCAGAUGAGAGUGACUCCAAAGCUCAUGCGGCUCACCUGGGAUGGCUUCCCAUUGCAUUACUCUGAGAAAUAUGGCUGGGGAUACCUGGUGCCAGGGAGGAAGGACAACCUGGCAGAGCCCGGUCCAGACGAUUCGCUGCCUACCUGCCCCUUCAGGGUUAUUGAGCAUCUAUAUCGGGAGCAUUGCAAGGAGAAAGGCAAAGAGGAGCCCGUUUCACUGGACAGCUCCCUGGAAGAAGAGCACAUGUUAACAGAAAGCAGCACUAUCUGGCAAAAGGUGGAAGAACUCAGCCGGAUGGAGGUGGAGAUGGAUGUCGAUGCCAUGACCAAUCAAUUGAGGCAGGAUGAGAUGGGGUUUGCCCAGAGCCAUCCCGAAUAUCACCACGGCAACGGACCUUACAAUGAGGUCAAUAUACCUGGAUGCUGGUUUUUCAGGCUGCCGCACAAGGAUGGGGGUGACAAUAACGUCGGAAGCCCUUUUGCCAAGGAUUUCUUGUCCAAGAUGGAGGAUGGCACCCUGAAAGCUGGCAUUGGAGCCACGGAUGGGACGCAGGCUCUUGAAAUCAACAAGAAGAUCUCCUUUUGGAGAAAUGCCCAUAAGCGAAUCAGUUCCCAGAUGGUGGUGUGGUUGAAGAAAGGGGAGCUUCCUCGAUCAGUGACCAGGCAUCUGGACUAUGACGAAGAAAGCUACUAUGGGGCCAUCUUGCCACAGGUGAUCACUGCGGGGACCGUCACACGUCGUGCCGUAGAACCUACCUGGCUGACUGCUAGCAAUGCCAGAGCCGACCGAGUGGGCAGUGAGCUGAAGGCUAUGGUCCAGGCCCCUCCUGGCUACCACUUGGUUGGAGCGGAUGUGGAUUCCCAGGAGCUCUGGAUAGCGGCUGUCUUGGGGGAAGCCCAUUUCGCUGGCCUGCAUGGCUGCACCGCUUUUGGCUGGAUGACUCUCCAGGGGAAGAAGACCAACGGCACAGACCUGCACAGCAAGACGGCCUCCACCGUGGGGAUCAGUAGGGAGCAUGCCAAAGUCUUCAACUACGGGCGCAUCUAUGGGGCAGGGCAGCCCUUUGCGGAGCGCCUCCUCAUGCAGUUCAACCACCGCCUGACCGAGCAGCAGGCCAGCGAAAAGGCGCGCCAAAUGUAUGCUGCCACAAAGGGGAUCCGGAGGUGCCACCUCUCUGAAGAAGGGGAAUGGCUGGUGAAAGAGCUGGGCAUCCCCAUGGACAGGGCAGAGGAUGGUUCUGUGUCCUUGCAAGAUGUGCGGAGGAUCCAUAGAGAAGUGGGGAAACGGUCUAAAAAGAAGAAGUGGGAUGUGGUACGCCAGCGUGUGUGGAGCAAUGGGACAGAAUCGGAAAUGUUCAACAAACUGGAAAGCAUUGCCAUGUCAGACUCGCCUUGCACACCCGUUCUGGGCUGCCGCAUCAGCAGAGCAUUGGAGCCAGUGGCUGUCAAGGGUGAGUUUGUCACCAGCAGAGUGAACUGGGUGGUUCAGAGCUCAGCCGUGGACUACCUGCACCUGAUGCUUGUGGCCAUGAAAUGGCUCUUUGAGGAGUACCGCAUUGAUGGGCGCUUUUGCAUCAGCAUCCAUGACGAAGUGCGCUACUUAGUGCAGAGCGAGGACCGCUAUCGGGCAGCUCUGGCCCUGCAGAUCACCAACCUCCUGACACGGUGCAUGUUUGCCUAUAAGCUAGGCCUCCAAGACCUGCCUCAGUCAGUUGCCUUUUUCAGCGCUGUGGAUAUUGACCGGUGUUUACGGAAAGAGGUGACGAUGGAUUGCGUCACUCCAUCGAACCCAACAGGGAUGGAGAGACGGUACAGCAUCCCGCAGGGUGAUGCUUUGGAUAUAUACCAACUCCUCAAAAUCACCAAAAGCUCCUUGGAGAAAGAAAAAUAGGGUUUCAGAUGUUUCAAAGCUAAAAUGUUACAUAUUGGCUCAGGAAAUCCUUCCGCUAUCAGACUUUUACGCAACGACCAGCUCCAUUCUCCGUUGGAUUCUUUUCACUGUCAGAAUAUCAAGAGGAAGGUGGAAAACCAACAAAUGAGUUCAACUUUAAAGGCAAAUUCUCAGCUUUUCCCAAAAAAGGAAGGGCUGCGCUUCAAUUAUGCUCCGCAAGUGCAUUAUAGAACAGUUGUAAGCAGACUAAUAGUCGUGUUAGCAUUCAGGGAAUCCCAUGGAACUUAAGGCACUAAGCUGGCAACUUUUAUAAUUCACCAGUGAUAACAUUCCCAAAGGGGAAACAACUUUUGUUUUUUGUCAGGACAAAACCAUAACUUGAUCCAAAUAAAAGCUCUUAUUUUUUCCGUC